CUAUCAAUCAAUCACUUAUGCGAAAAUAUCUUCGGGUUCCAGAUCAACGAGUUAAAACCGUCAUUUAGGAUCAACUUACGAGUCGUACCUCGUUUCCCGUUCCCGUUCUCGUUCUCUCGCCCGCUCUACAGAUUCAGUCGCUUUGACCGCUGAUCUCCGUUUUCGUCCUCAUCGAUGAUGCAGUCCCAGGAGGGGCAAGUACCGACGGCGGCGGCUGAAACCGCCUCGUUUUGGACGGACGAGAAGCACUUGCAGUUUCUCAACUCUUUAGAAGCCUCUUUCGUCACCGCAAUGCUCGGAAACAGCUCUAGCUCAAUCCACUGCCUCCGCCGUCACCUGGUCGACGUCUCCGAGUCCACGUCGGAUCUGAAUCCCCACCGCACCGCCUCCGUCAACUAUACGGUUUCAGGAUUGACGGGUACUAACGGAGGAAGGAGAAGGAGAGGGAGAAGAAGUAUGAGAAGAAGAUCAUCAUCUCAAGCCUGCAAUUCAUCAUUCCAGGAUCAGGUGGUCCCACAGAUUGAAAUUGGACAACAACAUGAUAUUACCGAUGAUUCAGACCAAGCAAGUACUGUCGACUAGGUUGGUUGCUGCAUGACAGCACCCUGCAACAAUCCUUCUCUCUUUUCUUCUCUUUUUUUUUUUCGUUUUUAUUUUUUUUUACAGCAUUAUCUUUUUGCUAGAGUUUGCUCACAAUGUUAGGUCCUUUUGGGGUACUAUGAAUAGUAUGAACCCUAGUUCUAACAUGAUGGUGUUUAUUGAAUUCCGCACGGACACUUUGGAUCCGCACUCUAAUCUCAACAAAGCAGAAUUUAGAAACCGAGACGGAUGUGUACGUCCACUGUCUAAUAAUUAGUCAUUGAAAAUAUUUUUGUAAGAUGCCCUCUAAAGUUUUGGUUGUGAAUGGAACGCAAGUAAUUGCUUUGCCAAAGGAA